AUGCCAGUUUACCACGUUGUGCUUUUUCGCCUCAAGGCAGGCGUAACCCCAGCCCAAGUUGAGACAUGGGCACAAACAGCCAGGGGGUUAGUUGGAAAGAUUCCCGGGCUUGUCUCGCUCGAAGCAAAUACUCCGCUGCCAAUCUGUUUGCCUCGCUCGAAAGGAUUUGAUAUGGGACUGGUGGCCGUUUUGGAGAAGAAGGAGAAUGUGGCGGAAUAUGCUGUGCACCCCGCCCACAUGGAAGUCCACAGAAUGCGGGAAGAGCUAUGCGAGGAUACUUUGGCUUAUGAUAUGGAGUUCUAA